AUGAAGUCGUCACGCAUCGAUGUUGCUAUUCGUUUUCAGACACGACUGCUCGGUCCCGCCUCAUAUGCUGAAGCGGCAUUUUUCUCGCUCGUUGAGUUUGCGUGUAACAACACAAAUCAUGGUGCUGUAGACUCCACUUCAUUUUCUAGCUAUCACAAGGAGCUUUGA